AGUGAAAGCUGAACCACCCGGAGCCCAAAAUCAAGGUGGUGGACCGGACUUUUUCUGUUCCUGUUUCCAUUAGACAGACAGAAUCAGCUUUUUCCUGCAGCGACUGUGGUCCUGAAACGUCUGUGACAUGAGACCAAGACUGGACGAUGUCAAAAUUUCUCUGUCAUAGGAAUUCAUUUUGGAUAUUUGUCUGUUUGCGAAUUCAAGAGGCUGAAAAUAAUUUUUUUGCGGGAGGUUUUUAAAGCCCUCCUCUUCUUUCUGUUUGACAGGAAAUGCUUUCCAUUUUGAAUCUUGUGAAAAGUUUCUUUCUGACUCACUGAAAGUCACACAACAGUAAAAUGUCUGAAGCUGGAGUACUAUACUCUGAUGUGAAGUUUACAAGAAAGAAGAAAGCUAACGUUGUCAUUUUCUCCUUGCCCGACACCACUUACUCUGAAGUAACGUUCUCAAGGACUCAGCCGUCCAAAACAGAGUCGCCCGAGGGGUACCAACAAGAUGUAUUGAGCAAAAGGUCAAAGGUCACCUCAGAGAGAUUGGCCCUGCUGGUUCUCAGUGGUCUCCUGGUAGCUGCCGUCAUUGGUAUGGGUGUUACCAAAAGAGAACCAUGCAGCACUGUACAGCCUACAUGUCCACAAUGUCCUACAGUAGAAGAAAGAAAACCAUCCAGCACAGUACAGCCUACAUUUCCAAAAACUCCUGACGUGAAAGAUCAGACAUGUGAUAAAUGUGAAGGAGGCUGGGAGCAACAUGGAGGAACGUGCUAUAAUUUCUCCAUCAGUAAAUCAUCCUGGAACAAGAGCAGAGAUGAGUGUAGAGCUAAAGGAGGAGACCUGGUUAAGAUAGACAGCAGAGAGGAGCAGAAUUUCCUGCAGAGAAGAGUGAGAGAAAUAAUGACUGAAGAUGAGGACAAGUUCUGGAUCGGGCUGACAGACUCAGCAGUAGAGGGCAGAUGGUUGUGGGUGGACGGGUCACCACUGAAUGAAAGUUUGAAGUUUUGGAAGGGCCCAGAGCCAGACAAUUGGAAAGGGACAAAUGGGAAACAUCCUGAUGGAGAGGACUGUGUGAGGAUGGGAGAAAAAGAGCUGAAUCUUCAGAUGAUUUCUUCUGCACAUUGAAAGAACCAGAGGAAGAAAUAAACUGAAUAUUCCUAUGCACCCGUCUCUCCUCCUCUCCUUCUCUCUGGACAUCCAAUCACCAUUGUUGACCUGAUGUCCAGUCACAUCUUAUCAUAUCUCACUUUUUCUCGUCAAAACUCUGUGUUUGUGAGUCACUGUAUAGUCAAUGUAAUUACUCUUAUUAAGUCACACAUAUUAAACAUUGUCUGAAUAUUUGCUUAUUCAUGCUUUUUUUUGUUGCAAUAAACUUUAUUUUGAUUGGUGAAACAGAGCAGCAAGGACUGAAGUGUAGUAGAAAGACUUUACAGGUUUUAAGAGGCUUGAUCUUGUUGGUUAAUGUGAGCAUGAUGAAAACCCUGAAAAUGGAUUUCAGAUCUACUAUAAUAGUCUACAUUGUUAAGCUGUGGUGAAUGAAGGCUGCCUAUGGACAUCAGAUGUCAUGCAAAUCUCUGCAUGCCUACUGAUUGCUUCAACCAAGAGUAUAAGUGUAAUGGAGAGUCCCGCCUUUGGUCAGGAAGCAGUCAUGCUGAUAGGUUCCCACCUUGAGCUGCCUUUGGCAGACUCCCAGCUGAUCAUCAAAGAGCAAGUCUACGUCAUAAACCUCGAGAGUCAGCAUGUCAUUUUCCUCAGCAUAGAAGUAGGAGAAUUCCUCUUCCCACCAGGGGUUCGGGUCAUUGUAGUGAACAGAUGUUUUACCCAGAGAAGUAGAACCAGAGGACACAGUGACAUAGGCAUCUGUGGUUAACAGGACAACGGUGGGAA